CGCAGACGCAAAAUUAUUGAGAUUUUAUAACGUAGCGAAGAGAUAACGGAAGAGGAGGACGGUGCAACAUAAGUUUUGUUACGGCUGACCGUACGGGUGUCAUGCACUGACAUAACGGUGGAGUGCAGGGGACGGGUCAAAACAACAACAACGUGAGAAGCGAUCCGCUACCGCGAGGAACUGCGUACUUCCGAAAAUCCCGCGCUCAGAACAGUUAUCGGUGGCAGUAGUAGCAGUGGCACUACUACCACCGGGUGAACACGAUAACUACUAUUUUAUCAGCGGUUUGCUUUCAGUAGUGGCGCAGCAAUUCUCUCGGUUCUUGAUCAUACGAUCGCCAUGCAACACGGUGGUCGACGUCCCACCAGCAGUUCGUUGUGUUGCAGCAGUCGGUGUUUUAAUUAUCCUAACGUCGUUUUCCGAACGUCAUCUUCGCAAGUGUUGUCGUGUGCUUAGCUAAAAAUGAGUGCACGCUGCGAUUCCAAAACCACAUUCGAGUGGGACAACUAACAGUUCAAAAAUAUAUUUUUCAAUAAAUUAUCUAUUUAUUUAUUCCAGUACGACAACCGCAACGGAUGUGUUGCCGUUCGAAUCAGUUUUUUACGACUAGUGAUUAAACAUUUUUUCCAUUAUAUUAUUUUGUUGACUUCGUGUUAUCGAGUGGAUCGUCUCCUCAUGCUGCCGGUUGCCCGCCACACCGGACGUCGCCAUUGAUAACUGUGUUGCGUUUGUUAUUAUUGUUGUCGGUACCAGGUUUUCGUACGCGCGCUUUCUACGGAUACUUAUCACUCGAUCGCCCCGUUACACACAUGUAUGAGAUACGAUAGGCUGUAAGACUAACGUCCGAUCAAAUAAACCUUGCUGCCCUAUUCUCUGUUAACAUUGAACUAUGAUGGAUACCAAAAAAGAUUUCGAGUUUGAAGAAUUGAUUAUGUGUGGUUGUUGUAAGCAAAAAUUUAAUGAUAAUGAAUUAGUGCCAAAAGAACUGAGUUGUAAACAUUGUUUCUGUUUACGAUGUAUAAAGACUACAAUGCUUAAGGGUUUAGAAGUAUAUUGUAUUAAUUGCUGGAAACGAACUGAAUUAGAUGAGCAAUCUCCUGAAACACUAAGAACACAGAAUUCUAUUCUAAGUUUAAUUAGACAUCUUGCACAUGUAAAAAUAAAUAAAGUCUCAGAUAAAGAACGAAAGGGAGAAAAUUGUCAUACUCAUGGAAUGCCAUUUUCAUUUUGGUGUUAUGAUUGUCAACAAUUAUUAUGCCGAGCUUGCGGAACACUAUCAGAACACAUUGGUCAUUCGAUAAAAUCUAGUAAUGAUGCACGUGAUCAUCUUAUUAGCGAGGUUCAAGUUGAAACCAUUGCUAUAGCUAAAUUGAUGAGUGAAAUACAAAAUUUAUUUGGGCACAAACGGCAAUUUCUUUUAAGAGUUCUGGAUGCUUGUAAUACGUUGAAGACUCAAAUUGAACUGGAAUUGAACACGGGAUGGACACAGAAUACUAAUGAUUUACUUCAAACUAAUGAAGCUCUUAACAGUAUUAAACCCUCAAAUCUACGUACUGACGAUUUAUAUGAUUUACAAUUAUAUUUAAACAGACUAGAACAAGUUAAACAGCAAGUUCAAAAUAAAUAUUCUGAACAGAUGGCACACGGUCAACUUGAGGAUAUAAUAUCUUCAUCAACUUUAUUGGAUUUCAAUAUGAUAAAACAAUCCUUGUCAUCAAUUCCAAGUAUACCUUUUGAAUCAUACAAAUCAAUGGAGUCUGGAAAUCACAAUGCUCAUAUUUUUUUUUUAGCCAACUACUGUAUGGCGCAAUUAUUUACUCGUUAUUUAGUUCCUAAACAUGUAUCACAAAUAUUAAAUGGUCAAGAUUAUACAAGACAUUCUCCUGGAAAUUCUUCAAAUCAAUAUACAUCAAUGCUCUCAUCAACUACAUCUAGUGAGCCUGUAUUAAUAACAUCUCAAAAUAGUCCUCCACAAGCAAUUAUAAAUAAUGUCCCUUUACUUCGAAGUCUUAAUACAUUCCCAAUGUUUUAUUUUAAUGUUGAAGUAAAUGGAAGUGUCUUUGGUCGACUAGUUAUUGAAACUCGACCAGAUAUAGCACCAAAAAUGUCAAAAAAUUUUGAAGUGUUGACAGUAGGCGAUGCAAAUGGUUUUUCCUAUAAAGGUUGCUCUAUAUUUCAAUGCUGGGAAGGAGAAUCUGUGAUAACUGGAGACUUUGAAUUAAAUAAUGGUAGAGGUGGAAAAUCUAUAUAUGAAGAAAAUUAUUUCAUGCCCGAUGACACCAAAUUUCCUGCUGUAAGAGGAGCAGUAGGAAUGCGACGUACUCAAAAACGACAUGACAAUAUGGGAAUGGUUGGAUCACAAUUUCGAAUUAUUUUACAAGAAAUGAGAGGUUUUACUGCCAUAUUUGGUCAUGUAGUUGAAGGCAUUGAUCUUGUAGAAAAAAUGGCUUCAUUUGGUGAUCAAACUGGAAAACCGUCCAAGACAUUUGUCAUAUCUAGUUGUGGUAAAGUAUGAUUGCCCUUUUUUUACUAUUAUAUAAAUAAUCAUAAACUAAUCAGUCAAGUAGUUUAUAGUACUGAGUGCAUGUUAUAUUUUGGUAGAACUCCAUAGUUAAACAUUUGUAUGAAUAUUUUGAUUUUCUAUUUCAUUUUGGUAAUUAAAGUGUUUCAUAAUAAAAAAAUAAAAAUAAGUUCCAAAAAUAUCAUUAAUUAAAAAAUAACACGCAGUACUUUAAAUUUAAAUUUUACUUAGACAUGAUUAAUGUAAGUACAUAUAUAUCAAUAAUAUAUUUAUGCAAGACAAUAGUAUUUUUUGGUCAUUAAUGUUUUCGUUAUGUUGUUAUUUCACUGGUAAUAUUUAUAGCAUUUAAAACCAUUUUUUAUAUAUUAAUUUGUCAAGAUUGACUUAUACCUAUUAUAUAUUAUUGUUAUAAUUAAAAAGAGAUAAUAAGAAUGGUAUGUAAAUCCCAUCGGUAAUUCUAUUUAUUGUAAUUUAUAAAUAAUGUAUCAUCACAAUUAUGACACUUAAUUGCUUUAGAUAACGGUUAUUUAAUUUUUAAAUAUCAAUGGCGAGUUUAAAAAUAUGAACAUGUAAAAAAAUUUUCAUUGUCAAAAGAUGAUUAUUUUUAUAAGUUAAGUUUAAUGGUCUCAUGAAUUUUUAUUAAUGUUAAUGUAAAAAAAAGAAAUGAAAAAUUAUAAGAUUGUUAAAUUUUUUUUCUGUUUUUGAAUUAUUCAUAAUGGAAAAAGCUAUUUAAUUUUUCUUU